GUUUCGUGUCGGUAGGCGACAGCAGUAGUUAGGAAUGGAGUAAUAACAAAAGCUUGAACUAACAUGCUGCGCUGUGUAAUGAAGACAUGGUCCCCUGAACACUUUUUAUGAAGUCGGGCUUAGUUGGAGGGAUGACUGUCAAAGUGACAUCGAGAUGCCUCAUCAGUGGCUUGGACAUCGUUGACUUGGACAAGGAUGAAGCUGGGUCAGUGUAAUGCUUGUGACCUUCGCCAUGUAAGACUGACGUGGAGAAAAGCGGCUUGACAGAGUGAGUUAUAAAUCAGCACCAACCAUGUCCCUGGCUGAGCAGUCCCAGAAGUGGUUUCCAACCCAUGUCCAAGCUACUGUGCUUCAAGCGACUGGUUUGCAACCCAAAGGCAAGAAUGGCACCAACGAUGCCUACACGAUCAUUCAGCUGGGUAAGGAGAAGUAUUCCACGUCGGUGGCUGAGAAGACGCUUAACCCGGUCUGGAGAGAAGAAGCCUCCUUUGAGUUACCAGGAUUACUUAUUGAAGGCAACCCCGAGGUGUACGAGCUCUGCCUCAUCGUCAUGCACCGAUCGCUUGUCGGGAUGGACAAGUUUCUGGGUCAGAAGAUCAUCAACCUUAAUGAAAUAUUUGAUAACAAGGAAAGAAAGAAAAUAGACUGGUACACGUUGGAGUCCAGACAAGUCAAGAAGAAGAAAGAACGAGGUCGCAUCCAAGUCAGCAUCCAGUUCAUGAGGAACAACAUGACAGCCAGCAUGUUCGACCUCUCCAUGAAGGAGAAGCCUCGCUCUCCAUUCUCCAAACUGAAAGACAAGAUGAAGGGUCGCAAACACGACAGCGGCUACAGCGACACCUCUUCAGCCAUCUUACCUCGCUCUGCUGUCUCUGAGUCCGAUGCCAGCAGCGAGCCUGUGGUACCAGAAACAAAAGCUCAGCCCGAGGCCAAAGCCAAGAGACCGCUCCUCGCUGGGGCUCAGAAGCUCUCUGCUGCUCAUUCCAUGUCAGAUCUCAUCGGGACACACUUCAGACCAAAAUUGGACUCCAUGAAUUCCAUAGAUGAAAGUGCAGGCCCCCACAGGCGUACCCAGAGCGAGGUGCCAGGCUACCAGGACGGCGAGGCACACGGUGACCCUUUCACUGAUAUCAGUGACACCCUGCCACAGAAGUAUGCCACGCUCCCACGCAAUCACAACCCUUUUGAAGCUGAGCACGGGCAGCUGUGGGACCGGAAGGAGAAAAAGGAGAAGGUCAGCCUCCUAGAGCGAGUGACGGGGAAAAAGGAAGGCCGUAAGUCCAGCGAAGGCGGACGCUCGGGCAGCUCCGGAGACCUACGCUCUCCCAACCCCUUCAGCAGUGACUCACCAGCUGACACAAACCCGUUCUCUUCCAACUACAAAACCAGUGACAAGAAGUCAAGAAUGGAUGAAUUCACCUUUGGUCACAGGAAGAAGGACGUCUUCGGCAAGAAAAAAGAGGUGACGCAGGAGAGCGUGGCGGCGUACAGCAGCUUGUCUUUCGAGGAGGUGGUGCAGGAACUCAUCAGACACAAAGAGAUGAUGAAGAAGAAAGAGGCUCACAUCAAAGAGCUGGAGGACUACAUUGACAACCUACUAGUGCGAGUUAUGGAGGAGACGCCCAGCAUACUGCGGACGCCCUACGAGCCAAAAAAGAAGGCGGGUAAACUCUCUAAAAAGUAGAAAUCAAACAAACAUGAAGCACCGGAAGGCUUUAGUGUAAUAGUAAACAAGGCCCUGGAGAUGUAGUUUGCUUAGGAGACACACGUAACUGUCAUUUCUACUGUUUACAAAUAUUGCAUCCAAGAAGUCAAACACAAAAUAGAUGGGAGUAAUUGUUUUUAGCUUCCUUCAGGUAGAGGUUGCCGUAGCUCCUGGUGCUGAACAUAAAUUAGAAGGCUGAGGCCGACGACUUUAAACAAUGCUUGUGCCAAAUGUAAAUACAGAGCAGAGUGGUGACAGUAUUUUCCGAUCAUUGUAUUUACUAGUUGGACCAAAUUUAAUGCAAAAUCCAAGAGCAUAAAAAGAAAAGAAUCAGCUUCUGAAAAGCAAAUAUAUCUCCAGUGAGAUCGUUCUUUCAUGUUUGGAACACUCGACUGGAUGUCACAACCAGCUCCCGCACUCAUGAACUGACAGGUCUGUUACACUUCAUUUGGAUGUAGAAAGUGUUGUUUACUCAAGUGAACACUUUCUUUGCACUACACGGUCACUUUGAUGCGCAAGGUGAAGUCCUCUCCAUCUGAAAAGAUGAGAUACGAACAAACCGGUCGGAGAAAAAAUUGCGAGCCUCUGAGGAUGAACAAAUAAUAAUUCCUGUUGUUGUUUACAAACCGUCUGUAUGACUCUCUGUGACAAUGCUUCUGCAUCCAGAGUCUUCCACACGGGCAGCAGAAUUCUUGUACUCCGUUCUGCUUGGAAAUUUGUCUUUCGCAGCGCCAACCCAUUUUUGACACCUUUCGUGUCAUUUGGCUUCAGGAGUGUUUGCAGCGUCAUGUUUAAAUUUUUCUUUCGGUACUGAAGAUGCUCAAACAUCUGAAAAAAAAAAUUCUUACUCAAAUUUGUGUAUGAUAUUCUUAUAAUAGAUGUACAUGCUGUAUGUUUACAUCAAAUAUUUGAAAUAUAUCAUUCUUCAAUUCUCAGAUCUGACCUUUGAUGACGGAGUAUUAGAGAGUUCUAUACUGUGACCACCAGUUGGUGGUGUAGUUUUUAUUUUCCAGCAGGCAUUUCUAAUUAUUAUAUAUUUGGCUUUCAAAUUGUUUAAUAUACAUUUAUUUUUGUCUUUCUUUUUCCAAAUUUGUCCUGUCACAAACAUGGCUCUUUACUCCGUCAUUCAAAUCAGAUCAAGCAACUUUAUUCCUCUGGAGGUAAAAAGAUUUCCAGCUAAACUUACUGACAUGUUUACUUAAUACACUUUCAGUAUCGCUCACUGCUUCUCUGCAGUGUUGCCAACCUUAGUGCACGGCAGAUCUAGUCAUUGUUUACUCUGAAGCGGCUUUGUUUUACUGACCUGAUGGCUCAGCUACGCUCCUCUAUCUUUCAUGAAACUAUCAUAUGCUCGACAACACUGCCUUCUGAACUUUAUAAGUCAACAUCUUCAGUUAUUUUCUCUGCUGGUGAGGACUGACAAUCAACUUGGAACUUAUGACCUCAUGAUCCCGACCUGAGCUGACACUGAACAAUCAGAUUUUCUAUUCGACAAGCUCAUAACUGACGUCUUCAUCCAGUCACAUCAGCCUCUUGUUAUCACUGGAGGCUGGACACAUCAAAUCAUCUCAAAUGAGUGAAAAACACUGUUGUUACCAACAUAACUACAUUUUGUUUGUGUGUCUUCCACUGGUCUUAAUUUUAUAUCUUUAUUAUUAUUGUUAUUAUUUAAUGAGACGGAUGUUGCACACGGCUUUUAUUUAUAUGACUAAAUCCUGUUGCUGUUUAAAGUCUGAAUGAAACCAAAUGUGGCGAGAUCAAGUGCUGCACCGCUUCUAUAGAAUGUUAAUCAAAAACUUUUCAUGAAUGUAUCACGAACACUUUCUAUUCUUUUGUAUUUUGUAGUCAUGUGCAACGAUGGUGAGUGACUGCUUUUAUACUUCAAAGACAAAAGCGCUGGUGAAUGUGUUGUCAACUCUAGAGAUCCCUGGGACGGCUGGUGAACCUCAUCACCCUUGUUGCUUUUAGCUCAUUGUGUUCCUCAGUCAAGGGCACUGUCACACCACGUUUGGUACGGACCUUUGUAGGAUUGUCUAACUGGGUUGGGCAUUAAGAACCAGUUUCAAUUUUUUUUUUUUAA